AUCCAACCAUUCUUUUAUAACCUCACAAUUUUACAUGUGGUAAAUAUUUACAUCCAUGAAGCGAAAAUGGUACGAAGACACAAUAAUCAGCUACCAGAAAACUUACCACAGUUACAAAACCUCAUAAAACGUGACCCAGAAUCAUACCAUGAAGAAUUCCUGCAGCAACUCCAACACUUUCAAAACACGAUCGAUGUUUUCCAGCUGGAUCCGCAACAACCGAAUAAAACGUUAGAUGAACUCGUGAUGUUUAUGGCACAAGUCUCUCACUGCUACACGAAUGAUUUAAAAACGUUUCCGCAACAACUCAUCGACCUGCUACAGAAGCACAACACAAUGUUGGAUAAUUCCAUGCGAAUGACGUUUUGUCGCGCCCUAAUACUAUUGAGGAACAAAAACUUGUUAGCGCCUACAGAUUUGCUGGAGCUCUUCUUCAAACUAUUAAGAUGCGAGGACAAAGCCCUACGUUCAUUUUUAGAAACUCACAUUGUGACAGAUAUCAAGAAUUUAAAUGUAAAACAUCGCAAUGCCAAGUUAAAUGCGACCCUACAAAACUUUAUGUUCACAAUGCUCAAAGACAGCAAUACCAGGGCUGCGAAAAUGUCUUUGGAUAUAAUGAUCGAGUUGUACAAGAAGAAUAUAUGGAAUGAUGUCAAAACUGUGAACAUAAUCGCAACGGGUUGCUUCUCAAAGAUAACAAAGGUGAUGGUUGCCUCAUUGAAAUUCUUUCUUGGAAAAGAUCCCGAGGAAAAGGAAUCCGAUGACUCCGAUUCAGAACCGGAGAUUAAUCCGAAAAGUGUGAUAAUGGCAAACAAAUUUAACAAAAAAACCAAGAAGCGCGAAAAACGAUUAUCAAAAGUAAAGAAGUUAGCAGCCAAAGCGCACAAUAAGAAGUCAAAGCCUCCUGCUUUUAAUUUUUCCGCCAUUCAUUUACUGCACGACCCUCAGGGUAUGGCGGAGAAGUUAUUUAAACAGCUUGAGACGACGACGAAGCGUUUUGAAGUCAAGCUGAUGACGCUGGACGUGAUAUCUCGCCUCAUUGGUCUUAAUAAUCUCUUUCUUUUGAAUUAUUACCCGUAUUUGCAAAGGUUUUUGCAGCCGCAUCAGCGAGAGGUAACUCGUAUUUUGCAGUUCAUCGCGCAAGCGAGUCACGAACUGGUACCACCCGACGUUUUGGAGCCUCUUCUAAAGACGAUCGCCAAUAACUUCAUCACUGAGCGCAACUCGUCCGAUGUAAUGGCUAUUGGUAUCAAUGCAGUCCGAGAAAUAUGCGCUCGAUGUCCGUUGGCCAUGAGUAACGAUCUACUUUCCGAUCUUGUAGAGUAUAAAAGUUACCGAGAGCGACCCGUGAUGAUGGCCGCAAGGUCACUCAUGCACCUGUUUCGUACUGUCAGACCUGAGUUGUUACACAAAAAGCAUCGCGGGCGUCCAACCGAGGCUAUGGGUGAAUACGUACCGAAAGAGUAUGCCCAGCUCGAUGCCAAGGACUACAUUCCCGGUGCUGAAGUGCUACUCCACGAGGAGCAGGAGGACAUUGAAAUUAACUCGGAGUCAGAUUCGGACGACGAAUGGGUGGACAUUCCUCAAUCGGAUGAGGAAGCCGUAAACACAACCAGCACUGAUGAUCCCGAGGUCAAAAAACAAAAACAGGAACAGGCGAAAAAUGUGGUAUUGGAACGCAUUUUGACAGACGAAGAUUUCAAGCGCAUCGACCUCGCAAACGUCCAGAAACAAAUUGAUCCACUCAGAAAAGGGAAGAAACGCAAAAUUGAAGAUGAUCCAGCGGCGACUUCGUCCGAGUUUGUACAGCUGGGAGAUAUUGAAAAUGUGCACAAGAAACGAAAGCACGACAAGGAAACGAGAGUCGCAAGUGUUAGACAAGGCCAGCAGGAUAGGGAGAAAUUUGGUUACAAGGACGGUCGUGUUAACAUACAUUGCUCUAAGACUAAUCGUGAGAAGAAGAAGACAAAAAAUUAUCAAAUGAUUAGACAUAAAGCGAGAGGGAAAAUUAAAAGGAGUUUCAAGGAUAAACAGAUAGCAUUAAGGAAUUAUCUAAUUAAGCAGAAACGAAUGAAGUAAUUGUAAAUAUUUAAUAAAGAACUGUUUAUUUCCCUCUA